CGGAAGUUCAUUCAGAAAACACAUUGAGUGCAGUAUUAUCGGAUUUGUUAUUAUUAUUUUAUAUUUUUUUGUAUUUUAAAAAUGACACUAAAAAUUUAGAACAAAAUGGCCACAAAACGCAAAAUAGAGAUAAUUGUCCCUGCCGAGGAAAGCGACCAGCUACUGAUUCGUCCACUCGGUGCUGGGCAGGAGGUUGGGCGGUCAUGCAUUAUCCUGGAGUUCAAAGGAAGGAAAAUUAUGCUGGACUGCGGCAUUCACCCUGGAUUGGAGGGGAUGGACGCUCUCCCAUACAUAGAUUUGAUUGACCCAGCUGAGAUAGACCUGCUGCUGAUCAGCCACUUCCACCUGGAUCACUGUGGAGCUCUGCCCUGGUUCCUCCAGAAGACCAGCUUUAAAGGGAGGACCUUCAUGACUCAUGCCACUAAAGCCAUCUACCGCUGGCUCCUAUCAGACUAUGUUAAAGUCAGUAACAUCUCGGCAGACGACAUGCUUUACACUGAAACCGACCUGGAGGAGAGCAUGGACAAGAUAGAGACAAUCAACUUCCACGAGGUCAAAGAGGUGGCUGGAAUCAAGUUUUGGUGCUACCACGCUGGUCAUGUGCUGGGAGCUGCUAUGUUCAUGAUUGAAAUAGCUGGAGUCAAACUUCUGUACACAGGAGACUUUUCCCGCCAAGAAGACAGGCACCUCAUGGCAGCUGAGAUCCCCAGUGUCAAACCUGACAUCUUAAUCAUAGAGUCCACCUACGGCACUCACAUCCAUGAAAAAAGGGAGGAGCGAGAAGCUCGGUUCUGUAACACCGUCCAUGACAUUGUCAACAGAGAGGGUCGCUGUUUAAUCCCUGUGUUUGCUUUGGGACGAGCACAGGAACUGCUGCUUAUCUUGGACGAGUACUGGCAGAAUCACCCAGAGCUCCAUGACAUCCCCAUCUAUUAUGCUUCUUCCCUGGCCAAGAAGUGCAUGGCUGUGUACCAGACAUAUGUUAACGCCAUGAACGACAAGAUCCGCAAGGCCAUAAAUAUCAACAACCCUUUUGUCUUCAAGCAUAUCAGCAAUCUGAAGAGCAUGGAUCACUUUGAUGAUAUUGGCCCCAGCGUGGUGAUGGCGUCUCCGGGCAUGAUGCAGAGCGGGCUCUCCAGGGAGCUCUUUGAGAGCUGGUGCACCGACAAGAGGAAUGGAGUUAUCAUCGCCGGUUACUGCGUGGAGGGCACACUCGCCAAGCACAUCAUGUCUGAGCCAGAGGAGAUCACCACCAUGUCGGGACAGAAGCUGCAGCUAAAGAUGUCGGUGGACUACAUCUCCUUCUCCGCCCACACUGAUUACCAGCAGACCAGCGAGUUCAUCAGAGCCCUCAAACCGCCACAUGUGAUCCUGGUACAUGGGGAGCAGAAUGAGAUGGCGCGCCUGAAAGCCGCGCUGAUCAGAGAGUACGAGGAUAACGACGAGGUUCACAUCGAAGUCCACAACCCUCGCAACACUGAGGCUGUCACGCUGAACUUCAGAGGAGAGAAGCUGGCUAAGGUGAUGGGCUCACUGGCUGAUAAGAAGUGUGUUCAGGGUCAAAGGGUAUCAGGCAUACUGGUGAAGAAGAAUUUCAACUACCACAUCCUCAAUCCCUCUGACCUUUCCACGUACACAGAGCUGGCCAUGAGUACAGUGAAACAGACCCAGGCCAUCCCCUUCACUGGACCCUACUCACUGCUUGUCUGCCAUCUGAGGAAUCUCACAGGUGAUGUUGAAGAGCUGGACGGAACUGAGAAGAACACUUUGAAGAUCUUUAAAAACAUCACUCUAAUCCAAGAGGCCGGCAUGGUGCUGCUAGAGUGGAUAGCUAACCCUCUAAAUGACAUGUAUGCUGAUGCUGUCACCACCGUGGUACUGGAGGUGCAGUCCAACCCAAAGGCUCAAAAAGUGAUGGAGACCCAGAGCAGCACUAUGGACAUGGAUGUUUUCCAUACUCGGCUAGAAGUCAUGUUGCAGGACAUGUUUGGAGAAGAAUGCGUGAACUUCAGCGAUGGUAAAAUCAUCUCUGUGACUGUGGACGGGAAGACGGUGCACAUUUGCUUGAAAACAAGGUCUGUGUGCUACGAAGAUGAAUGCACAGAGGACGAUUCGCUCAGAGAGAUGGUGGAACUGGCGGUGCAGCGGCUCUAUGACGCUCUAAACCCCGUUAUCUGAAGAAAGACACACACCUUCCUGUGGGUCUGCAGACAUUGUUAGUGAUCAGAUAUACACACACAGUUGGGACAUCGUGUUAAUGUAGAUUAAAAACAAAAUGCUGUGAUUUGCAUUAAAAACACAUUUUAUCCACAGUAGAGCUUAGAAAACAUCAAAUGUUUAAACUGAGAAAAUGUACGAUUAGCUCAAGACGAGCUCAUUUUUACUUGGAUGGCAGCAUCAUUUCUUAGGAAAGUUGGAACAGUCAUGUUUAUCCACCAGAUUGUCUGUUUUAUGUAUUGUAGAUGAUGAGACAGUCUUCAUAAUUUUACAGAGGAACAUUAUUCUGAAAUUGUUCCACAGUUUAGAGAACUGUUUCCUGUUUCAUUCCAGCUGUUUCCUUUUAAUAACCACUUACUUUUCCACCUUUUGUUGCCCCCGUGGCUUUUAUUGUUACAUGUUCCUGCCAUCAAAUUCAAAAUGAGGUAAUAUUUUUCAUGAAAAGGGGGAAAAUGUUUAGUUUCACAGACUGAAGAAACACGGUAACAAGUGAGCAAGACUGACUUGCGAGAAUAAGCUAAUGUGAUGUUAUUUAACAGAUUCUUGUGUUGUUUGUAUUGUAAGCACUUUUAAUUAUAAAAUACAUUAUUAUGUUAACUGCAUUUGAGUGUAGAUUCACUUCAGGUUUCAUUUGACCUGAGUUCAUUGUUAAUAUGCACUGAUAUGACUUGUUUACUUUUAAAUGUGAUGAUGUGUGUGAAUUUCUAAAUGCAAUACAUGUGCUGUAAGUAUUUGUUGUUUUAAGAAGGCUUCUACUUUAAAUAUGAUUUUAAGUAUACAGUACAGUAUUCAUUGUAAUCGUGUGAUCUAUGGACAUACAUAUGCUUGUUUCAUGUAAUUAAUAUUUAUUUUUAUGUUUUAAAAUCUGUUCUCACUAAAAACACUACAUGCAUUGACAAAAUCAAAUAAAAAGAGGCAA